CUUGUAAACUGAUGUUUAAAUUUUUCAGAUGAAGUCUAAAAAGAAAAUUAAAAAUGCCCACGUGUUGUUGGAAAUUGCUCCGUCUAAUGAAAACGAUGCAAACAUCGCAAACACGAAUGUUCCAAACAGUCGGAAAAUGAAAGCCAAGGAAAUGGUUCAAGAAGCAAUAACUUUGGCGACAGAGAGCAAAAAACGGAAAAAGAAAAAGAAUAUCGAACCAGAGGAAGUGUUAAACGAGAUUAAAAAUGAAAAUACAGCAGAACCUAAAUCUACUUCUAAACAAAGAAGCAGCACUAGAUUAAAUGAUGUACUCCCAAAUCUUGUGUCAUUGGACACUUCUCUUGGAAAAUCUAAAAAGAAAAAACCAACUAAAGAAAAUUCAGCCUCGGAACAAAUUGAGAUAGAACCGGUGAAAGUAAAGAGUAAAAAAUCUAAGAAAAUUAUGGAAGAAACAGAGGAUCAUAUUGAUGACGCUGUUGAUAUCAGUGUUGAAGUCAUAGACGAGCCUACCAAGAAAAGGAAAAAGAAGAAAAAAGACAAAAAUAAAUUAUCACAGGACUCAGAGAACCAAUUGGAUACAAUUGAAAUAAUUGAGGAAAUAAAUGUAGAUAGUUCUAGCCAAAAGCUUGGUAAACAAUCAAAGCGUAAGAAAAAGCUUAAAGAGGCAAAUGUUGAAAACGAGAUAGUGGUGGUUGAUAGUCAAAUUCCUAAAAAGGUUAAAAAGUCGAAGCGGCCGGAAAAUUUUAGUGAAGAUGUUCCAAAUGAGGAAGAAUCGGUUGAAAUUGACGAACUCGUUGACUUAAACCUGGUUAAAAGAUCAAAGCGUCAGAAAAAACUCAAAGAAGAUCAAAUAAGUAAAGAAGAAAAUAAAAGUGAAGAUAUUGCAGAAGAAUCCAUCACUUCCAUAAAGGAAAGGGCUGGACGACGGAAGAAAUCGGAAGAGACAUCUCCCCUCCUAAUAAAUAGCUCCAGCUUGAAAAAAACUAAAAGAAACAAAAAUUCCGUUCAAGAAAUUGUAGAUGAUCAACCAGAAAGGAAAUCUAAGAAAAGUGAUAAAAUCAAUUCUACUGUUAAAAUAGAUCCCGAAGUUUUAUCAGGUGAGAGUUCCGGAGACGAAAUAACUGUUUGUAAAUCGAGAUGCCAGAAAAUACUGGAUUCCAGUGAUGAGAGUGAAAUAGAGGAAAAUGUCGAGAAACCUGAGAUAAAGGAAGAAAAGGUGAAAGUAUCAACUCCCCGUCGGUUUAAACGUUGCCUGGAUUCUUCUGAUGAGGACUGCACUCCUAAAUUAGAAAGGUUAAAAAAGUUGAAGAUGAUGGCUUCCAAAGUGAGAGAGAAGAGAGGUCGAAGCCUCUGCUUCUUGGACGACGAGGCUGGGGACGAAGGAUCGUCGGACGAAAUUGACGAGGAUGAUCUGCCCAUGUUUGAACAUGAAGAAGAUCCACCCGACUCUGAAGAUGAACGUGAUAAAUUAAGAAACACAGAAGAGGUUGAAGAAGAGGAAGAAAGUGAUCUCGGAGAAGAGGAGGAAGAAGAAGAAGAAUGUUCAGAUGAAGAGGAUGAAGAGGAAGAGGGUGAGACUGAUGUAAGCGAGGAUGAGGAGGAUGGUGAGGAGUUUAUCAACCCCUACUAUGAUGUGAGGGAGAAGGAUGAGGACCUAAUGCAAGUAUUCUCCAAUAGUAUAAAGAUGCUCUCCAAGAAUACAGCAAUAGAUAAACAGAACACGAAGAGGUAUAAGAAGGAGAUAGGCAAGUAUCAGCUUGCAGUCCAGUCAACUAGAAAUAAAGCUGCACAGAUGGAUGAAAAGCUUAGAUAUAAAAGGAACAUGAAGGUUGCGAGGUUUGACCGUGGUUUGAAGGAUAUGAGGAACCUGGAUAUAAAAGAUGAUGAAUUCCAUAAUACUCAGGAGGUGUCUUUAUAUGGACAACGAGUACAAAUCUACCCACACUCAAAGAAGCGGAGUAAGUUGCCUGGUAACUGUGAGCUUGAGGGAUGCAGGAGAGUGUUCCAAGUCGAUACAUCCAAGAUUGUCGGAGCAAAGAUCUUUGAUCCUUUCAACCUGGACUUCAUGAAGAAGAAGAAGGCGUUUAACAAAGAGGCGUUCUACUGGAUCUGCAGGGGGCACAUGAUUGAGGAUGCAACCAGUGAUUCUGAUGAAUAUACUUCAGACGAAUCAUGAAAUAUUUAUUUGUUAAAAUGAAUCAAAUUAUAAGUUAAUUCUUAUCCAAUUAAAUUCCAAAUGGUUUCACAUGAUAUGUUGUAUACUGAAAAUUACACGUUACGCUUUCAUUAAAACCAAUCCUUUGAAACUUUCUCAACAAAUGAAAUCCAAAAAAA